UGACUAUUCGGCUGUUUUAUCCUGCCCGAAAAUGGAGAUGGCCAUAUAGUUCUAAGCGGUCGUAAAAAUGGACGAAAAGUCAAUACUGCAUAGAACCGAGUAGAGAUCGCUCUCAGAUUCUCUCUGGUUAUACUAUAAUUUCAACAUAUUUUCCAAUGUUUCUCGAAACGUAUUCGAUGUCUCACCACUUUUCAAUUUUCUGGAAUAUUUUAUUCAUUCUUUUUCGAAUAAAUCAUUGUACAUUACCGCAAGCAAGUCAGGAAGAUCUACUUCACUCAUUUAAGAGUUAUUCUGAUGUGGCAAUGUUUCAUUAUGCUGUACCAAAAGAUGUAUUUCAGGCUACGUGGCAUUUUGCUGCCUUUAUGGAUGAUCCUACAUGCCAACCACGGAAAGUUUAUAUACAUUUAAAAAUCGGUAGUUAUCCAAUAAUCACAAAUAACAGAAUAUUCCUAACGAGUGAAUAUACCAAACGAGAUGAUAGUAUUGUAAUUACUACUACCACAACAUAUCAAUCAAAGAAUGCAACCAUUGUGCCGGUUUAUGGACCACAAUCUGGGGAUUGGUUUGCGGCUGCUUAUAUGCCUUAUUGGGAUGAGAGAGUACAACAGCAGGGGUUUGGACACAAAUGUCGAUACAGCAUAGGCACAGUAGCACUGUGGUCACAAAUAGAUAAUAUUGAGAACAUUUCUAUUGGUUGUCAAAGGACAUUGCAAACAAGCACAAUGACAACAUAUUACAAAAUAUAUAUUCCAUCCGGAGUCUGGAGUUUUCGUAUGUCAGUUUGGAACUGCAAUUUCUUAUUACACAAUGUUCAAGAUAUUCGCGAACCUUGCAUUGAAUCUAUGUCUCUAAAAGGACGUUCUUUACCAAUAUUCAAUCAUCUUCAUCCUGUGGAAUCCAAAUAUCUUACUACAAAUGCUAGUUAUACUUUCACAGAAUCUUCUCCUUAUGAAGAUAGUUAUUACUAUUUAUUAGUCGUUUCGAAAAGCGUUAUCGAAUUCAACGUCAAAGUCGACAUAUUAGGAUGUCCAAUCAGAUUAACAGAUAUAUCUUUUACAAGAAAAUAUAUUGAUACUUUUUUAAGUUUUAAUUCCGUAAUAGGAUCAGAUACCAAAGAUGUAUUAAAAUACGAAUGGUCUUAUAAUGAAAAUAAUGCUAGCAGAUACAAUAGAAAUAAAUUCUAUCAAAAAAACGAAGAAUAUGAUAAUGUGAAAUACGAGAUUGAUGAUGAAUGUACGCCAAGAUAUCAAUUGGUGCGCGUGAAACACGCGGAAACAUUUUCAACUGUUUAUCUCUUACAGAGAAAAGAAUGGUUAAGUUCACAAUUAAUACUAACUGAUUCAAUUCCGAUAAUGACGCAAUUUGAUAUUUUGCCAUUAAUCGAUAUUGGUGGCACACUUGAUAUCGAUGUACAUUUGGAAAUAGAAAAGCUGUCAUCAGCACAAUCGGUUUUGGUAACAGUAUGCAUUCAAAGAAAUCGUAUACCUAAACUAGAAAAUCUUCAUUCUUGUCAAAAUGGAACUUUAUCGCUGAACCUGUCAUCAUUAAACAAACACAACACAAGUUUGUUAAUAGUAUAUCCACAACCGGGCACAUGGUAUAUUAUUAGCCAUGCGACAUGUUAUAACUGGAAUGGUAAACCUGUACACUGUCAAUAUGGAAAGAUUUCAAUAUUAAUGAAUGUACGCAUCAAAAAGUGUGUAAUUUCUGACCAAAGUCCUUGCAAUAAUCAUGGUGUUUGUCAAGAAAUUCAGAAGAAUGUUCUCCAUUAUGCAACAUGCAAUUGUUUUAAAGGUUACACGGGAUGGGAUUGCACUGACAUUUCGAAUACUAUCACUGCUAUUUCUUCUUUCAUGAGCGCCAUGCUGCUCAUUUUGAGCAAUGCUUUUUUUAUACCAGCUAUAUGUAUAGCGAUAAAACGGAAAUUAUAUGCAGAAGGGCUAGUGUACUUAGCCACCAUGCUGUUCUCAUCGCUUUAUCAUGCCUGUGAUCAAAAUGGUGGACAAUUCUGUAUUGUCAAGUACGAAGUUUUACAAUAUAAUGAUUUCUUCUCGAGUAUUUUGGCGUUCUAUGUUACAUUAGUAUCAAUGGCAGAGUUACCGAUUGAUUUUGUACCAUUGUGCCAUAUGACUGGAGUUUUUGUUAUCACUUUUGGGGUGCAAGUUGACAAGAUGUGUCUGAUCAGCAUUUUGGUACCAUUGUCAAUGGGUGUCAUUAUACCGGUUUUCACAUGUGUCUAUCGCAGUGUUAAAUCUAAAAGGUGCAAGAAACCGAGCCGGAAAAUAGUAUUAGGUUUACUCUUCGCUAUUGCAGGAUUAUUACUUUAUUCUUUCAUUGAAACGGAGGAGAAUUAUCAAUAUGUUCAUAGUAUAUGGCAUAUUAUCAUGGCGAUAUCAUUAAUAUUUUUGCUGCCACCAGCAAGAGAAACUAUAUCGAGAAACACUUUCUUCAAUAAUGAUGGCGAGUCGUCAUGGUGUUACAAAGACUCUUAUGAAAUCCCUACAUUCACAAUAACUGAUCAGGAGAAUCAAACAAUUGUUAACAAUUAACUUAAAAAUAACAUCUUUCAAAUAGAGGACAAAAGAAUUUUACUCGGUAAAUACGCGUGUUAUAAAAAUAAUUACAAGCUCAAUACAAACACUUGAUUGACUCGUUCAA